AUGGCACCUCUCCAAUUGACGCCCAUCAAGGCCUCGACCUCGGCAGCUCUUCCUGACGAGUACGAACCAUCGCAGGAUCGUCAAGCCGAGCACUAUCAUGAAGACGACGACGACGACGACGACGACGACGACUAUGAUUCCCAGGACGACGAAGACGACGACGGCCUCAAUCGUGAGCCCGACUACGACGAUGGGCCGUUGCAGUCCUAUGCGCACGUCCACAGAGGUCAAGCGCAAGGAGCGAGUGAUUCGGUGAGCUUGCACACAAACUAUCUAGCCCCGUCGGGCGCGAAUCCGAGCUCAUGCCAUCGCCUGGUCUCCCGCAGAACAUGAGGCAUGGCUUCGCCGAAGCUUAUUCGUCCGAGGAGUAUCUGACCGUGCGUCCAGGGUCAAGUGAGCGCACGUCAUUUGUAGUGAUGUCAGCUGACACGCUUCCUUCUCCAUCCAACGUGCAGGCACUCGAAAAGAGCUACUUCUUGUACUGGACCGAGACACGGCACGAGCGAGCCGGACUGAUCAAACCGCCGUCGUCGAACCCGGCCGACCACAAGAUCGACUGGAGAAACCGCGACCGCGUUCGGACUGCAGCAGCCGUCCUUGUCGUCUGUCUGCGUAUCGGGUACGACCCGCCCGACGUCAUCAAGACCGACCCGUGCGCCAAACUCGAAUGCUGGGUUGACCCGCACGCCCUGGCCAAGGACAAGGCGAUGGAACGGAUCGGCAAGAACCUGCAGUCUCAAUUCGAGAACCUCGCCGCGACACCGAAAACCCGCUACAAGCAGUACCUCGACCCGCCGAUCGAGGACGCGAAAAAGUUCUGCACCGCCGCGCGCAAGACGGCCAAGAACGAACGCGUGCUCUUCUACUACAACGGCCACGGCGUGCCGAAGCCGACCCCGAGCGGAGAGCUGUGGCUGUUCAACAAGCAGUACACGCAGUACAUCCCCGUUUCUUUGUCCGAGAUUGUAGCCUGGCUCGGGAGUCCGACCAUAUUUGUAUGGGACUGCAGCGCCGCCGGCAACAUCGUCACCAAAGUCCAGGAGUUUGCGAUCAAGCGCGACGCCGAGCUCGCAAAGGAAGCCGCAGCAGCGGUCGCAGCCGCUAACGGGCAUCCACCGACCCCAGCGGCAGACGGCUCAUUCCCAGUACCCGAGGCGAAACCCCAGAUCCCGACCGUGCCGUUCCGUGACACGAUCCAGCUCGGCGCCUGCCUCGCCCACGAGACCUUGCCGAUGAACCCCGACCUCCCCGCCGAUCUCUUCACCUCAUGCCUCACCUCCCCGAUCGAGAUUGCACUGCGCUUCUUUUUGCUCAGAAAUCCGCUCAAGAUGGGUCAACUCGAUCUCGAUAUGCUGCUCAAGGUACCGGGUAAAGUCAACGAUCGACGGACACCGCUCGGCGAGCUCAACUGGAUUUUUACCGCCGUCACCGACACGAUUGCAUGGAACUCGCUGCCGAGGGAUUUGUUCCAGAAGCUUUUCCGGCACGAUCUGGUCGUUGCGGCGCUGUUCCGAGGCUUCUUGCUCGCCGAGCGCAUCAUGCGCUUCUACGAAUGCACGCCAAUCUCGGUCCCCGCCUUGCCUCAAACGCACAACCACCCGCUAUGGGACAGUUGGGAUCUAGCCGUCGACAUGUGCCUCGCCCAGUUGUCCAAGCUUCUGGACCACGAAAAGCGGUGGCUCGACUCGCUCCCGCCUCACCCGCUGAUGAUGCCCGAUCAACCAGCGCCGCCGCAACCACCAGGGCCUCCUCUGCCGUACGAGCACUCGAACUUUUUCUCCGAGCAACUGACCGCCUUCCAAGUGUGGCUCGACCAAGGCGCCGUCUCGAAACGACGGCAUCCGGAACAACUACCCGUAGUGCUGCAGGUAUUGCUGUCCCAGGCCCACCGACUGCGAGCCUUGAUCUUGCUUUGUCGCUUCAUCGAUCUCGGUCCCUGGGCCGUCAACGUCGCACUAUCGAUCGGCAUCUUUGCCUAUGUCCUCCGACUACUGCAAGCGCCUGCGAGCGAGCUGCGGCCGGUGUUGAUCUACAUCUGGGCGCGGAUAUUGGCCGUCUAUGAGAACUGUAAGGAGGACCUGCUGAAGCAGACGUACCCUCCGACACGGACUGCGGAUCUAUCGCCCUACACCUACUUUGUCAACAUUCUGCACCCGUCGACGAACAGUCAAUUGCCCGUUUCAAACGUGUCCGAGCAUCGCGCCAUGUGCGCCUUCAUCCUCUCGGUCUGCUGCCGCGGACAUAAGCCGGGGCAGGUCGCCUGCCUCAAGUCGAACGUGUUUGA